AUGGCAAACUUUCAUGACCCUGCAUACCGCAUCGGAGUUGAUGUCGGAGGAACGAAUACCGAUGCAGUACUUAUCUCUCUCAAUCCAGUCUCUAUUGUGGCCUCUCAUAAGGCACCCACGACACCGGAUGUCACCACAGGGAUCACCAACGCAGUGCAAGCAGUUAUAGAUACUUCCAAUGUCUCGCGCUCAUCUAUUGGCUGCAUUAUUAUUGGCACAACACAUUUUGUCAAUGCUGUCGUUCAACGCUCACCUUCAUUGCGAAGCGUCGCAGUCGUCAGGCUUUGUGGAGGGCGCGAAGAAGGGUUUGGCCGUGGAAUUCCUCCUUUCAUCGAUUUUCCUGCUGAUCUCCGAGCUUGUAUUGAAACGCCUCAGAUCUACUUCUGCCAUGGAGGAUUCCAAAUUUCUGGUAGUGAAAUUAGCCCUCUGGAUGUGAAGGAGCUGGAGCGCGUGUCAGAAGAUUUGGUCAAGAACAACAUCUCCAACAUCGUUAUUGCAGGCAUGUAUUCUCCAAUAAAUCAUUUUCAUGAGACAAAAGCCAAGGAAAUUCUCCUACGUUCCAUGUCCGAUAACGGAAAAUCGGGCUUCAAGCCUCGAAUCACACUAUCACAUGAGGUGUCUGGGCUGGGAUUUCUUGCCCGCGAAAAUGCUGCAAUUCUAAAUGCCACGUUGCGACCACUGGCCGAGAAAACAAUAUAUGGGUUCCGAAAAGGGAUGGAAAACAUUUUCAAAGGAAGCCCCUAUACAUUAUAUCUCACCCAGAAUGAUGGUAGUGUUCUCGGUGCUUCAGAGGCCAUUGAGUUGCCCAUUCGGACUUUUAAUUCUGGGCCGACAAAUUCCAUCCGUGGCGGGGAGUUGUUAUGGCGAGCCGCAGCCGAGGCAGAUGGUGAAAAGUACGGCGAAAGAACCGAGCCCCUGGUGGUGAUCGACAUUGGAGGCACAACAUCCGACAGUGGGCUGCUACUUCCUAAUGGUUUGCCACGGAUGAGCUCUAUAAUGAGUCUCGUCGGUGGAGUUCGUACCAACUUCGCCCUUCCCGCGGUUGAGAGCAUCGGUCUAGGUGGCGGCUCUAUUAUUCGGACUAUGGAUGGUGGGGCUAUCUCCGUCGGUCCGGAUAGCGUUGCCCUCGAGCUUCUUGAGAAGUCCAGACUAUUCGGCGGAGAAUUCCUGACUUCUACUGACAUUGUUGCUGCAUCGGAGCUACAUGCACCUACAGGUCACAAUCCGUUUUCGGGGAUGGGCUUCCCCGAGCGUCUUGGAGACGUGACACCCGAGGUGGUAAUGCAGGCCCAAAUUGAGAUGAGGCAAAAAAUAGAGGACCUCGUGGACAGAACCAAGAUCCAGAAGGGCGAGGUCGAUGUUCUCAUUGUUGGCGGGGGAGCUCCAAUAAUUCGGACCGAUGAACCACUUUCAGGCGUACGCAUGGUGCGGACUGUCAAGGGUGGUGAAGUCGCUAAUGCCGUUGGUGCUGCUGUAUCGCGAGUUUCCGGAGUGAUCGAUACUGUUAUCGAUACAUCUAACCGAACGGUCAAGGAUGCACAGGAGGAGGUAUCCGAACUUGCAACCAAAAGAGCGAUCUCAAACGGCGCCAGACCUGAUACUGUUCAAAUUGCAGAGGUAACCAUAUUGCCGAUCCAGUAUGUAGAGGCAAAAGCACGAAUUGUGGUCAGAGCGGUCGGAGAGCUAGACGUGAUCUUACAGCAGGAGUCAUCUGGGAAAUCUAUGGAGUUUCCUUCUCUCGAAAAUGAUGCAUCAAGUCACCAACAGCAUUGUGGUCAGGAAUUUGCCUCGGACAGAGAAGUCGACAUCCGGGCGUAUAGGCCAGAAGUAAGAGAUAGACAGUGGAUCAUUUCUCCUACCGAUCUCUCAUUCAUCGCCCAUGGGUGUAAGAUUCUCGGAUGCGGUGGUGGUGGAGACCCUUAUCAAGAAUAUCUCAAAGCUAAGGCCAUUGUUCGUCAAUACCCCGGGAAAAUGAGAGUUGUCGCACCUGAACACUUUCCAGACGAGUCUCUGAUUGGAUGGACCGGCUGCAUGGGCAGCCCGGAGGUCAGCAUGGAGCGACUUGAGAAUAAUGAGUGUCUUCAAGCCCACGAAGAGUUAAUGCGCGUCAUGAAAAGUCCGCCAGUUUCCGGCUUCUUGUCAUUGGAAAUAGGCGGUGGUAAUGGCGUCGUCAACUUAAGCGUGGCCGCCCAUUACGAGGUACCCUGCGUGGAUGCCGAUUUCAUGGGGCGCGCAUAUCCAACCACAUUUCAGAUCACCCCGAAUGUUUAUGGGCCACCCAGUGGAGAUGCUCUUAUCCCGAAUACGAUUGCGAGCGGCGAUGGAUCUUUUAUCACGAUGACUAGGUCCCGAACAGACGUAUUAGUCGACAAAGCCCUUCGAGCGGCGUGUGUGGAGAUGGGGUGCAGAGCUGGGAGUGCCGGAGCACCCAAAACUGCCAAAGUUGUCCAGGAGCAGGCUGUGACGAAUACCGUGUCGCUUGCCUGGUGGAUUGGAAGAGCAGUAGCUCUCGAGAAAAACAUUUCAGACAAAGCCCUUCGAAUUAUUGAUGAAGUAGGAGGCCCAGACAGCGCAGCAAUUAUUGCGAGAGGUAAGGUUAUUAGCGUUGAGCGAAUACUGAAGACUGGGCACACGUAUGGUGUCCUGGAAGUCGAUGGUACAACUAGGGACGGAACCAAGGCGCUCAUCAAGAUUCCUUUCAAGAACGAAAAUGCCUUCGUUGAAGCGAUAUCGGAUGGACAAUCCAAAAUCCUGGCAUCUGUGCCGGAUCUGAUUGCUGUAAUAGAUGCAGAGACUGGCGCGGGUCUUGGAACACCGGAGUACAAAUAUGGCCUCAAAGUGGUUAUCAUCGCCAUAGCUGCUUCGCCAAGAUGGACUGACAGUAAAAGAGGAAUGGAAUUGGGAGGGCCGGGUUCAAUGGGAUUCCAAGAAGUUCAAUAUUCUCCGAUUGGCAAGUACAGCAAGCCUCGAAGUGUCAUUGAUGUUUUUGGUUGA